GGCACUUGGCAGGGUGGGACUCCUGUGCCAUGGGGUUUGGUGCCAUGGGGUUUGGUGCCAUGGGGUUUGGUUAGGCCAUGGAGCUGUAGCUGGGACAGCCCCACCAGGGCUGAGCAGGCUCAGGCACCCUGGGCAGGGGGCACACGGGGGCCUGGCCUGCCUGAGUGGGCCGUGCUGGUUGCAGGGGCCCUGAUGGGAGCUGGGGAUGUGAUUGCACAGCAGCUGGUGGAGCAGCGGGGGCUGCACGGGCACCAGUGCCCCCGCACCCUGAAAAUGAUGGGCAUUGGCUUCUGCUUUGUGGGCCCUGUUGUGGGCAGCUGGUACAGGAUCCUGGACUGGCUCGUCCCAGGGAACACAAAAGUUGUGGCUGUGAAGAAGGUGAUCCUGGACCAGGGGGGCUUCGCUCCGUGCUUCCUUGGCUGCUUCCUGGCUGUCACAGGGGCCACCAACGGGCUCUCACUGCAG